AUGUCUUCCCUACCAAUAGUCUCAAUUACAAGAAGAGAAACUUUUAGUUCCUGCCACCGCUUACACAGCCCUUUUCUGGGUGAUGAAGAAAACAAAAAACUAUAUGGAAAAUGUAACAAUCCAAAUGGGCAUGGACACAACUAUGUUGUACUUGUGACUGUCAAAGGUCCAGUUGAUCCUCAAACUGGCAUGGUGAUGAAUGUUCAUGAUCUGAAGCAGUAUAUGAAGGAAGGUAUUAUGGACCCACUAGACCACAAGAAUUUGGACCAGGAUGUACCAUAUUUUAAAGCAGUGGUGAGUACCACAGAAAAUUUGGCAAUUUUCAUAUGGGACCAACUCCAAAAAUUAAUGCCAAGACCGCAACUGCUACAUGAAGUGAAAAUACUCGAGACUGAAAAGAAUCACGUUGUUUACCGCGGAGGGUCAACAUUCCCUCGCAAGAAGGCAGAUUCAUCUAAUCUUCAUCCAGGAAACCACAACCAUGUGUCUUCUGAUUCUGAUUAA